AGGAGCUCAAGCCCUGUCAAAGCUAUACAAGAAUGUGCGCCUCACCUUUAUCAUCAAUUUCGCAUCAAUCAGAUCUGAAUUUGGGGGCAAGCCUCCCUUCAGCGCGACAGUGACAAGGGUCUCAUGUCUCCCAACGCACGGCGGUUGCGGUCUGGCGCGCUCUUGUGUGUAGCGGUAGCCUGGUGCCAAUCAGACGCGUCGGCAUCGUGGGUGCUGCCCUGCCUUCCACGGCCAGAUGCUUCGGGCACGGCCCCUCAACGCAGCUCCUCCCCCGUGCGGCGGCGCGCGGGGCCCGGGGAGCUUCCAGGGCUGGACAUCUCCACAGGCGACCUGGCGCUGGGUGGCUUGCUGCUGGCCUUUUGCGCAGCUUACCUCCCAGAGGCCCUAGGAUUCAAUGGAGCAGCCUACAAGGUGGGCGGCUUUCGCUACUUCAUCAACCGAGGCCAUGAGGCCUUCUCUGAAGCUGUGCACCAGCUGGCAGUGGAGUAUCCAGGUUACAAAGAUGACACGAUCUUCACCUACUUCGACACCUUCGAAGAGACCUUGCCACAGCUGGGCUCGGCAAAGCGACAUGUGAGGCUCCUUGAUCGAGAAGUCACCAACAUCUACGACCACAAGCGCGGUUUGGAAGAGCGGCUCCGUGCAUCGGGCUGUAACGGCCCAGAUGGGCCCUUUCCUGAAACCUACUUCUCGGCUGAAGAAGCGCUGGAGGCGACGUCCUCGAGCAGCGACGCCCUGUUCUUCGCCAAGCUGCCUGGUGAAACCGGCGGCCGCGGGCUCAGGGUGCUGCGACGUGAGGAGCUUCAGCAGUUCACGAAUUCAGACUAUGUCUUCCAGCGAGCCGUGCAGGACUUGGAGCUCAUCGAUGGCCGGAAGUUCGUGCUUCGCUACUUCUUCUUGGCCGCUGGAAUUUCAUUGAAUUCUUGUUCCUCUAGAAGCAAGAAUGCUCCUAGUAGGAUAAACGUCCGAUCAGCGACUGAGGGUCCGGAUCAGCGACCAGGAUCAGCGACUGCUGGAUCAGUGACCACUUUUCCCGGAUCAGCGACCAAUUUCUCGGAUCAGCGACCAACUUUCCCGGAUCAGCGACCAACACCCCCCCCGGAUCAGCGACCAGGAACUAUAGGAUCACUAGUGACCGAUCCUGGCGAUCGAUCCGGGGUGAUUGGUUUGUUUUGUUUUCCUGCUUUGUUUUCGUUUCCUUCGUUAGACAUCUCUGGCGACCGAUUCUGACGACCGAUCCUGUGUGGUUGGUUUGGUUUCUUUUCCGUUGCCUUCCCUAGACCUCUCUGGUGACCGACCCUGGCGACCGAUUGCCCGAACGACCAGAAAUCGCUGUUUUGAUAAUACAGAUCCACAGCACAUCCCCAGUCUAGUCUGUUGUGCUUGACUGGCGCAAGUGGAUUUGGGACUGUUUGGAAUUCGUCUGAGCGGACUUGAGUGCAGCAGCUUUGCUUUCCAAAUAGCUAGUUGUUAGGGCUCUGUUUCCAAUGCCUUUCUGUUACGCGCAGGAUUCUCUCUGUUUUCGG